CUCAGCGCCGUGUGGGCAGGCCGGGCGUCGCCCCUAGCCCGGGGUGCGAAGUUCAGCCCGACCCGCAGGUGACUCAGGUCUACAGGGCGCCGCAGAGGCGCGGAAAGUCCCACGGCCGCGCCGGUUCCCCGAGGGGCGGGCCUGGGGGCGGGCUCAUGCAAAUCAGCCACGGUGGGCGUGGCCGAGGGUAGAUGUAGCUAGUCAGCGAGCCGAACUAAGCAGGCGUAUGCAAAUAAGGCACUAGGGCGGGGUCAGGCCUCCUGCCCCGAGGCCACAGCCGGGCGGGCGUGCUGACCCUCGGCUGGCUCCAUGGAGGCUGCGGCGGAGUCGGAAGCGUCGCCUGCCCCCAGCACUGUCCCGGCAGGACGAGCCUCGGCACCCCCAGCAGCGGCAGGAGAACCGGAGCUGUCGCCCGAGGACCCUCCGGCCUGCCGCUUCUUCCUGGAGGGCCGCUGCCGCUUCGGCGCCCGCUGCCGCCGCCCCCACCCUGGCGUGCCGGAGCUGCCGGUCCCCAGCCCCGCGAGCCGGCCGCAGCUCGAGGCGGAGGCCAAGAAGCCGGCGCUGCGCACGGCCGCCGCCGUCAUCCAGCGCAUCCGCUGGGACCCGCGCCUGGACCCCGCCGACUUCUCGGUGGGCUACGCCGACCGCUUCCUGGGCGUGCGCGAGGAGCCGUUCAGCGCCUUCUGCUGGGACCAGCCGCUGGCGGCCCUGGGCCCGGGCGUGCUGGCCGUGCCGCAGCACCGCGUGCGCUACUUCCGCUGCCGCGGCCGCCUGGUGUGGGACCGCGCCUCGCGCACCGACCUGGUCUUUGGCUCAGGUUCUGCGGCCGGCCGCGGGCCCACUAUCCUGGACGUGCUGGUAGGCGCGGACCCCGCGGAGCCGGCCGACCACAACCCCGGAGCAGGGCUGAAGGGAGAUGCAUCCGAGGACCUCAGCCCCGGGCCACAGCUGCGGGAGGACGCGCCUCAGGACUCUGAUCCCGGAGCACAGCUGCGGGAGGACGACGAGCCUCUGGACUCCGAUCCCGCAGGACAGGUGCGGGAGGACGAGCCUCAGGACUCCGAUCCCGGAGCACAGCUGCGGGAGGACGAGCCAGAAGACCCCGACCCCCGAACACAGCUGCGGGAGGAUGCUGACCCCAUGGACUCCUGCGCCAGGGGGCAACCCGCCCCAAGAGCCCGAGCUGUGAGGACGGCAGAGCUGAUAGAGGCCCGUGGGACCAUCCAGGGGCCGUUGCCCUUUGGAGAGGUAGAAGCCGAGUGGGGGCCCGGGGCCUGGGCCCAGGACAGAAGGGCCCGGCGCCCCACCCACUUCGUGGCAGUCCCAGUGACGGAGCCCAGCCUUCAGGCAGAGGUGGCCAAGGCCCAGGCUCACCUGGCGCGAGAGGCCCCGGCCUGCACUGCGUUCCUGGUGCCCGCGGCAGCACUGCACCUCACACUGGCCCUGCUGCGGCUGGCGGGCCCUGGGGAGGAGGCUGCCGCCUCCGCAGCGCUGAGGCAUGCCCUCGGGGACCCGGGGCUCCAGGCACCCCAACAGCUGCGCUUCCGGGACCUCAUGCUCCUGGGCCCCCAUGUGCUCUGUGCCCCCCCAACUCCCACCCUGGCGGGCGUGGCGCGGGAGCUGAGCCGAAGGCUGGAGGCCCAGGGGCUGGAGGUGCUGCCGCCCCCUGGUGGGCUGCACCCCCACCUCACUUUGGCCAAGGUGCCCCGCGGCUCCCGGGCAUGCCUGCCGACACCCACCUUCUGCCUGAAUGAGGCGCAGGGGACCCAGCCCCUGGAAGGCCUGCGGCUGUGCCGCAUGGGGAGGGUAGGGGACACCUACCAGUCCCUGGCCGACAUUCCCUGGGGUGACAAGCGAGGUGCCCAGUGACAAGCAAAAAGGACAGAGCCAGCUCUC